AUGAAACGUCCUUCACAUUGGUCUAGAUCCAAAGCAUUGUUGGCCCAAAUAUGUUCGCAGACGAAUCAAAAUGAUACAUUAGCUCCCGUGGAACAUACGUUCAACGAUGAUUUAAGUACCAUUUGCAUUUCCAUAUUAUUUCUCGGUUCACGUCAACCAUUUCAUCUGUCGCAUAGUAACAUUAAAAUAAAUGAGUUCUAUGAUAUUGAACAAUGUAUUCAAUGGAUUCAAAAUAACAGUUCAUUUCAUAUUUAUCUGAUUAUUUCAAUGAGCAAUUUCCAGGAUAUUCGAUAUGUAGUUGAGCUCAAUCCUGUUCAUGCAGUCUAUAUUGUGAUGGAUCUCGAAUCGAAUGAACUAAUCGAGAUGCUAUCAACUUAUUCAAAAUUGAGUGGCAUAUUUGUUCUCAAUGAAGAUCUGCUCGAUCAAAUCAUCACAGACAUUUGUUUCUAUCGUCAAAUUCGAUUUCGUUUACCAGAUAUGAAUAUUUUCAAACUUGAGUCGAAUAUUCUCGGCAAACUUAACGAACGUCAGGUGGACUUUUUGUGCUUUCAACUAUUUAGUGGCAUUCUAUCGGAGUUACCAAAUCAAUCUACUACAACUGGUGAUAGUAAUACCGAGCAUGAGGGUCAUCUUCUUAUUCAUCUAAUUGAAGCAAACACAAAGAUCAAUUAUCUUUUCAAAGACUUCAACACUUCUACAUUACAAAAUUCGGUAACAACGUUGAAAGAACUCAAUCAACGAAUAUUAUCCUUGGCAAAAACCAUCAAUUCAUCUUCUGAUACCGUCUAUCGAGCUCAAAUAGUAUCAAAAACAGAUUUAAAAAUGUUACAAAAUAAUUCAAAUAACCUACUCGCUAUACAGACAUUCGUUUUAGCUUCACGUUCGUUUCAAUCUGUAGUAGACAUUUGUCGUCGAGCAGUCGAUAAUCAACUUACUGUAGUUCUCUUCGAACUAAAAUUGUCCAAUAAAAUCUCGGUGGCACAGUUGAAUUCAGAUACAUUGGUCUUCAGUCUUGGUACUCUCUUUCGAUUAGUUUCGACUGACCCAGAACUCAACGGUGUUUGGCGUGCACAAUUGGAGCCUGUCGAUGGUGCAAUGCAGCGUAUUAUAAAUCAACUUCGAAUUGAGAUUGGUGGUCAUCUUACAUGGUUAACAUUCGGCAACUAUUUGACUGCUUUGAAACGAUACGAUGCAGCUAAGAACUAUUACGAAUAUCUUUUGCUUGUACUUCCAUCUGAUCAUCCAAGUCUUGCUUUUAUUUACGACAAUAUGGGUUUGAUGUAUUCGGAAAUGUCCGAUAAUGAAAUGGCAUUAACAUUAUUUAAAAAAGCAUCCGAAUUGAAUGUUGCCAAUCUACCAAUGCCAGCUGAACAGAUAAAAUUAUCGACUAUGGAUCUGUCGUGUCCUGAAUCUUCUUCUAUUGACCAAAUGACAAUAUUCAACAAAAUAGCAGAAAUCAAGUAUCGUGAAGGAAAUUACCAAGCAGCAAUUGACUAUUAUCGUGAAGCACUCCAUGUUGCAACAGAUUCGGCAUCACUGCAAUUUUAUCAAAAUAAAAUUGAAAAACUUUUAUCUAUUAAAGAUACUGUUGAUUCUGACAAUUAG